AUGCUUAGUGGAGCACGCGGCAGGCUCGCCUCAGCGCUGCGGGCGUCCGGAGUCGGCCAUAGGUGUCUGCAAGCGACUGGGUCGCCGCCCUCGGCAGAUCGGAGCGACCGGGCGGGGCAGCCGCCCAGCGCCUUCGACCCGGCGCUGCUGGAGUUCCUGGUGUGCCCCCUGUCCAAGAAGCCGCUCAGAUAUGAAGCAUCAACAAAUGAAUUAAUUAAUCUGGGAAUAGCCUAUCCAAUCGUUGAUGGAAUUCCUAAUAUGAUACCACAGGCAGCAAGGAUGACCCAUCGAGAUAAGCAGCAAGAAGAAACAGAGCAGCACUAG